CCUGAGGCCAAUAACAAAACGAAAACUGAUUGUGCAGAAUUCUGGCAAACAAACAAAAACACGGAGCAUUCAUCAUCGGCGGAAAAGGAUGGACCGAAAUUGGGUCCAAUCGAAUCGACGAGAAAUGAUAAUCAUCGGCGGCGGCUAGUAGUGGGAGUGCACUUAUGACUUUAGUGGUGGUAUGAAAGUUAGGAUUGUCGGAUAAUGCAAUCCAGUCCAAGUCAGCGUCAGCGUCAGCAUCAUCAUCAUCAUCAUCAUCAGCAAUCAAUUAUAGUCUACAGAUAGAAGAUAUGGUAGAAGGGGAGGAGUACAAGUAACAAAUACUACAAUUUUAGGAUUAGUGGGGGCCAUGGAAAGAAACUUUCAACUGUCAAGGUCCGAUGUUCAUCAUCGGCGGCUCCUUCGCCUCCUCCUCCUCCGUCUCUUCCUUCUUCUCUAGUUCUCUUCCCUUGGAAAAAGUAGAUCGUCGAAACUAAAAGCAUCUCUGCACAGAACUGCCUGGGACAUCCACACCGCCAACUAACUCUGCGGUGAAACUGAAACUCGAAGGGAUAACUCUGCUUACGUGAACGCUAAGGGUGUCAAAGUUCUUAAUGCGGUGAGGAGGAAAUGGGUUCAAGUCGUGCCCAACAUUCAAUUGUGAUUUGCUUGUUACUUGCUUCAUGGAUACCUUAUCAGGGUUUUGCCUUCGGAACUGAUACAAAUCAGGCAGCAUUUCUGUUUGUAAACGUUUCUGAAGCAUCGGCAAGAAAAAUACCUGAUACUGUAUUUGGUAUAUUCUUUGAGGAGAUCAAUCAUGCUGGAGCUGGUGGACUGUGGGCAGAGCUUGUUAGCAACCGAGGUUUUGAAGCUGGGGGCCCCAACACUCCCUCAAAUAUUGACCCUUGGUCUAUUUUGGGGGAUGAAUCAUCUUUGAUUGUAUCAACAGACCGUUCAUCAUGCUUUGAUCGAAAUAAAGUUGCACUGAAAAUGGAGGUUCUUUGUGACAGUGGAGGUGCCAAUAAAUGUCCUGUUGGAGGAGUUGGCAUUUAUAAUCCUGGGUUCUGGGGCAUGAAUAUUGAACAAGCAAAGACCUAUAAAGUGGUUCUCUUUGUACGUUCUCUUGGUCCCAUUAAUGUAUCUGUAUCAUUGACUGGGUCAAAUGGAUUCCAGACUCUGGCUACUGCAAAUAUCGUUGCUGCUGACGUUUCAAACUGGACAAAGAUGGAAGUUCUGCUCGAAGCAAGAUCAACUGAUCACAGAUCAAGGUUGCAACUGACGACAACAACAAAAGGUGUUAUAUGGUUUGAUCAAGUUUCGGUUAUGCCUUUGGACACAUACAAGGGACAUGGUUUUCGGAAUGAUCUUUUCAGUAUGCUUCAAGAUUUGAGACCAGCUUUUAUCAGAUUUCCAGGUGGCUGCUUUGUUGAAGGUGAAUGGUUACGAAAUGCAUUUCGCUGGAAAGAAACUAUUGGACCAUGGGAAGAGAGGCCUGGGCAUUUUGGUGACGUUUGGGAUUACUGGACAGAUGAUGGAAUGGGGCAUUUUGAGUUUCUCCAGCUUGCGGAGGACCUUGGUGCAUUACCAGUAUGGGUGUUCAAUAAUGGAAUCAGCCAUAAUGAUGAAGUUGACACUUCUAGCGUCUUUCCUUUCGUACAAGAAAUUUUGGAUGGGCUUGAGUUUGCAAAAGGUGAUGCAAAAUCCAAAUGGGGUUCUGUUCGAGCUGCACUGGGACACCCCGAACCCUUUGAUUUAAGAUAUGUUGCUAUUGGUAAUGAGGACUGUGGGAAGAAAAACUACCGUGGAAAUUACCUCAAGUUCUAUUCUGCUAUAAACCAAUCCUAUCCAGACAUCAAAAUGAUUUCGAACUGUGAUGGAACUUCUAAACUGUUGGAUCAUCCGGCUCAUUUGUUUGAUUAUCAUGUUUAUGAAAAUGCUAAUGUUAUAUUCUCUCAAUCUCACAAGUUUGAUCAUACCCCACGCGAUGGUCCAAAGGUUUUUGUGAGUGAGUAUGCUGUGACCGGAAAUGAUUCUGGCACGGGUAGUCUUUUGGCAGCACUAGCUGAAGCUGCGUUCCUUAUUGGCGUGGAAAAAAAUAGUGAUGUAGUUGAAAUGGCAAGUUAUGCACCUUUGUUCGUGAAUACCAAUGACAGGAGGUGGAAUCCAGAUGCGAUUGUAUUCGACUCUUCACAGGUGUAUGGGACUCCUAGCUAUUGGAUGCAGCAUUUUUUCAAAGAGUCAAAUGGUGCAACUCUUCUCAAUUCUACACUACAACCUAAUCCUUCAAAUUCACUUAUAGCAUCAGCUAUUCAGUGGAAAAGUACAGUGGAUAAUAAGACUUACUUGAGAGUAAAGGUUGUGAACUUUGGAAGCACUGCGGUGGCUCUCAAGAUUUCUGUUUCCGGGUUGGGGCAGAAUUCAACAGAAUCACUUGUUUCUACGAAGACAGAGUUAACAUCAGGCAAUGUAAUGGAUGAAAACUCAUUUGUCAAUCCGAAAAAGGUAGUGCCAUUCAAAACUCUGCUGGAUACUGUUGGGGAGGUCAUGGAUGUGGUGCUCUCUCCUCAUUCACUCACAUCAUUUGACUUGUCGAUGAAGUCAGACAAUAACAUCCUAAUUGCAGGAUCCGAUUCUGUUCUUAGAUCAUCAUCAUCCUCAUAAUGCAAAACCAUCAUGUGUAUCUGAUUCAUCAGAUAAACCAUCAUGUUCUUACUAAUUAAUCGUAACGAUGAUAUUAUAAAGCA